GCUCUCCCGCGGUACAAGGUCUGAUUUAAACGCGUUCACUUCACUUCACUGAGACAGAACUGGAGUGACUCUGGGUUUAUUCGUCUAACGCGCUUUCCUCAGCUCUUUCACGAUGUUUGAGUGCAUCAUGUGAAACUGGUCAGUUGGGUACGUGGAAAUGCUCGGACCAUUUCACACGACCCCUGACCUCUCCUGCCCGACUCUUUGACGAGACGCCGAGCCCUGGAUGCUGUAAGGAUGGACGUUCACAUGCACAAGAGCCGGACGCUUCACUACGGCCUCAACCACAGUCCUGACGAUGAUCUGCAGUUCCUCAGUCGGGAGGAGCGGGAGUGUAUUUUGUUCUUUGAGGAGACCAUCGGCUCCCUGGAGGAGGACGAUGAGAGGACAGGGCUGUCCUCAUACGCUACAGCUCCACGUCCCAGCGCUGCAGAUCAGGACAUCAUUGACCUGGUGCACCCUUCAGUCGGUCCCAGCAAACAGAGAGACACGCUGCCCGUCAGGCCAGAUUCCCAAGAGCGGAUCAUUCCCCCAGAGACCCAUUUUGAACUGAAGCCAGAGCUGGACGUCCCAGACGGGCCGCACAAGGGAUCCGGACACCAGCCGCCCGCAGGUUCAGUCGCCAGCGGCACGUCUGCAUCACAGCUGCCCGAGCGCAGAAGCAGUCUAGAGUCGCCCUCCAUCAAACACGGCCCUCCGACCCACGCCAAACCCACGCGUCUCCCCGACAGCAUCAGCAUGCUUCGGAGCAGCCGUGAACACAUUCCCCACUCGAUCGCCGCCGAAGCCGUGAGCGUUCAGGAGCGCCGAGCACACAUGCUCUCUAACCUCUCCGGCCCCGAGCAUCCUUUAGACGGAGGAGAACCGGCCUGCGUGCGCCAGCCUCCCACGCGGAGCAUCUCGUUUCGAGAUCCGACGCCGGACAAGUCUAGGAUGGAGGCGCUUUCGAAGCUCGGACUCGCUCAGAGGAGAGCGCAAUCCGUCAUGCAUUCAUCUCCGAGGGAUCCGGAAAACAUCAAGACCGGCAGCACGGUCAACAUCACCAAACCGGCUAACACUAGCACCACACACCCCUGCCAAACCAGAUCUGGCCAUGCACCGACCUCGACGAGCGCCGAAGUCAAACACAGAGAUUUGAACAGCCAUGGAGGAUCCAAUAGGAUGGAGGCGCUUUCCAAAGUGGGACUCGCUCAGAAGCAAUCCGUCAUGCAUUCGUCUCCGAGGGAUCCGGAAAACAUCAAGGUCAACAUCACCAAUCCAACUAACACUAGCACCACAGACACUACACACCCCUCCCAAAGCCAUGCGCCGACCUUAACCAGCGCUGAAGUCAAACACAGAGAUUUUAACAGCUACGGAGGCAAGAGCAUCACAUUAAACCCAACCACAUCCUUCAGGAGCGAGUGCCUCUCAUCUUCAGCGGCCAAAACAGAGUCUUCAGAGACCCAUAUCAACAACUUCGGCGGCAGAUCACGAGUCAUGACUCCAUCCCAGACGAACCAUCACCCCCAAACCAAAACCAUCACUCCGGUGAAAGAGGAAAGCUCCAGCUCAAACAGGACUUCAAGUGAAGAGCCACCCAAGAGGAAAGCGUCGCACUCCGAAGCGCCCGUGAAGCAGCCGCCCGCUCCGGCUCCAAAACCAUUACGCCGGCAAAGUUUUCUGAGUCCCGUUGGGUCACGUCCCCCUCCGGUGUCCCCGGAGCUACGCCGCAAUUCUUUGCCAAAGUCGUCCUUCCGUACUCAGGGAGUAACGGUGCAGUUUUCUGGCCGAGGAGCCACAGAUGAGGCCAGACGGGAUGCACUGCGCAAACUAGGACUGCUGAGAAACAAGCCUUGACCACGAAACCAGUCCUAAGGGUCAAUUUUAUUUGAAGUGAGGUUUAUGCAUCAUCUGAAAGCUGAAUACAUUUAAUUAUGUUUCCAUUGGUUUGUUAGGAUCGGACAAUAUUUAUCUGAGAUACAACUAUUUGAAAAUCUGAGGUUGCAAAAAAAAAAAAAAAAAAAAAAAAACUAAAUAUUGAGAAAAUCAUCUUUAAAAUUAGCAAUGCAUAUUACAAAUCAAAAAUUAAGUUUUUAUAUAUUUACUAAAUAUCUUCAUGGAACAUGAUCUUUCCUUAACAUCCUAAUGAUUUUUGGCAUAAAAGAAAAAUGUAUCAUUUUGAUUCUAUUUAUUUGGACUUUGUAUCACUUUCAUUUACUGUGCUCUUCCAAGUUCACGUUUCUUUCGUUUUCACGUAUUAGUAUCUUCAACUUUUUUUGUGUUAUCUCUGAAAAACCCAGACUGUACACAAGAAAUACCUCAAGGGUCUUCCUGGAGAAAUGUCUUACACUCGUCUCAUGUUUAUUUCAGCAGGUAGUUUGUAUGGGAAUGUAUUUCUGUUCUCUGGACGCUGAUUGUUAGCUGGAGAACUUUCUCUCGUAAAUGUAUGUUUAGUUCGUCCCACACUAAACCACAGCCAUCCGAAUCUGUUGUAGGUCACAUGAGACUGAAUCAGCACCAAGCUGUUGUUUUGUUACCUGUGGUGUGUUUGUUCUAGAGUGAAUGAGGAUGAGUGUUCGUUUAUGUUUGUGUGUGUUUUUGAUAUUUAGAUUUUUUUUUUUUUCUCACGACUCCGGUUUUUUGCUUUUAUUGAAGCAGUUAUUGAAGGACACAGAAUGCAUGAUUGUGAACAUGUGACACUAUAUAAACACACACACACACACACACACGAAACAAAGCAACAGUUUAUUUCCAGCUCUGUGUAAUGUAUAUUUCCUUGCAUUGGUGAAGAUCUUCCAGUGAUUGUUUCUGAAUAAAUUCAAUGAAACUCA